AAGCCCAUUCAGCGCUAAACUACUCAACAAAGGGGAAACGGUGAAAGUCUCAAAACAUGAAAACACCAUUUAACAAACAAAGUUGAUGAUGAAGUCGAAUUAACCACUCAAACACCAAAUUUCUCACCAUUUCAAUCAUCUUCUCCGUCAAUUUCAUUCUCUGUAUUUCUGGGUUGCCUUAUGUUGUUUUAAUUUGGAACGGAGGGUUGUGUAUCCUAUGGUAAGGCCUUGAUUCUAUGCAGUACGCAACUUAUGGGCUUCUUACGUUUGAAAAUAUUAGACACGUAGGAUAACAAUUUUCAACUCGGAAAGAUAGAAGCUGAAAAAGUGACCCAUGGGCUGCACUUGCACUUCUGCAGCACUGCUUUUGGACAAUUCGUCACUGUUCACAUUUCAAGCCAAAGCCACCUCACAACAUAGAAACCUCAAGGCUCGCUUGGAAGCACAUGAAUUUUCUUUCACAAACAAAGUCAGUUGUUUGCAGCGUACCGUUGCUACGAAAGCAUUUGAGUUGAGACAUGUCCUCCCUUCUUUAGGACCUGAUUUCCUGUUAGAUAGUGGCAACUCUGGUAAUAAUGGCAACAACAAUAAUAACAACAAUGGCAAUGGAAAGAACAACGAUAAGAAUGAUAGUGAUGGUGACAGUAACCAUGGGGAUAGUCAUGAUGGCAUUCUUCGCACCCUUGCAUUGUUUUGGACCUAUCAAUUGACUUCCUUUGUCAGUUCCGUCUCAUGGAACAGUAACCUCAAAAUGGGAGAGGGGACAUUUUCUCCUCGGCAGUUUCUGUUGUGCUUGCUAUCAGUUUUAGGUUUCCUUCGCCUGUUCCAUUUUAAUUAUGCAGGUGCAUUAGGGAGUAUUGAUGAGGCAGGUGCAAUAAAAGAUGAGGAGGCUAUAUGGGAGAUCAAGGGAGGUCAAAGAAAAAAGAUUUUCCGCGAUCCUUCAAAAGAUGAAUUUGUGGUGGUUCCUUCAUCAUAUCUGAUGCCUUCAUCAACUUCGCCAAAGGGAAAUAUGGAUAGUGGUAGUCUAAAUCCCUCAUCAAGACUUCCUAGUGUAUGGUUGUUGUGCAAAGAUUUAGUAUUCCGUUUGAUGCUACCAGAAGGUUUUCCUGACAGUGUGACCAACGAUUAUUGGGACUACUCUUUGUGGAGGGGGGUUCAGGGUAUUGCUAGUCAGAUCAGUGGGGUACUUGCCACGCAGUCUUUGCUUCUUGCUGUUGGGCUGGGAAAGGGGGCGAUUCCUACUGCCGCAGCAAUAAAUUGGGUGCUUAAGGAUGGAAUUGGAUAUCUUAGCAAGAUCAUGUUGUCCAAGUAUGGGCGACACUUUGAUGUUCACCCAAAAGGGUGGAGGUUAUUUGCUGAUCUUUUGGAGAACACUGCAUUUGGAUUGGAGAUACUAACACCUGCUUUUCCUCAUCUUUUCGUAUUCAUUGGUGCUGCUGCUGGAGCUGGGCGAUCUGCUGCUACACUGAUCCAGGCUGCCACAAGAAGCUGUUUUUAUGCAGGCUUUGCCGCAAAGAGGAAUUUUGCGGAGGUAAUCGCAAAGGGUGAAGCACAAGGAAUGGUGAGCAAGUCAGUUGGCAUCAUGCUUGGGAUAGCAUUAGCUAAUGUCGUAGGUUCCUCUACACCACUUGCCCUUGCUUGUUUUGGUAUUAUAACCUGGGUCCACAUGUACUGCAAUCUGAAGUCUUACCAAUGCAUUCAGCUGAGGACUUUGAAUCCAUAUCGAGCAAGCUUAGUGUUCAGUGAAUAUCUGCUGAGUGGUCAGGUGCCUUAUGUUACAGACGUCAAUGAUGAGGAACCUCUUUUUCCUGCAUUACCUUUUCUGAAUGUGAGGCCGCCUUAUAAGCCAGAUUCUUCAAAUCUGUCUGUUGAAGCAAAGAAUGCUGCUGCAGAAAUUGAGAGACGGCUGGAGCUAGGAUCCACACUAAGUGAUGUUAUACAGAGAAGGGAGGAUGUGGUUGCACUUGUUGACCUCUAUAAAAAUGAAGGCUACAUCUUAGCCGAAUACAAUGGAAAAUUUUGUGUUAUACUGAAAGACAGUGCUUCACCACAAGACAUGCUAAGAUCUGUGUACCAGAUCAACUUCCUUUAUUGGUUGGAGAAGAAUGCUGGAAUACCAUCUCAAAAUGCUUGCGAUGACUGUAGAGCUGGUGGGAAGUUGCAGGUAUCUCUUGAUUAUACGCGGAGGGAAUUUGAACAUGCGAGGCGUGAUAGUGAAUUAGCAGGUUGGGUCACUGAUGGUCUGAUUGCUAGGCCUUUGCCUCAUAGGAUAUCUCUCAAAAAUCAUGUUUCUGCUGCACCUACUAGCUGAUGUCAGCAUAUAGUGGUUUUGGAUUAUGAGUUUUUAUGCUAACAGAAAUUAACAAGCAAUGAACAACUGUACUUCAAAGCUUAGUCAUAUACUCUGAUGUGAUCCACUGAGCUCAGAAGUUUCUGCUGAAGUUUCUGCUGAAGUUUCUGCUGACUAUGCCAAGAAGCUUGCCACAUAGGGAAGUUGGUGUUUUCCUGAGAAAUCGGUAGCUUUUUCAGAAAUUCGACCUGCAUAAUGUAACCCUAUUCAUCUGCAAAAUUUCCCAUUCUUUGCUGAUACAUAUCUCAGUCCAGUUUCUGCACAGUUUGAUCUUAUACAUUAAUUGAUUCUACUUAUUUUAUAGAGAAUUUUCAACCAUUCAUGUGAUGAUAAACAAAACGUUCAUAGUUUU